UUCAGUACAAGGGGUUUUGAAGAUGACAUGGAGCAGCCAGGGCCAUCAUCUGGAGCUCAUUCAUCCAGUAUUUCAGGACCAGCAACAGAAGAAUGGAAAACAGUGGAAAACCCUCAGGAGGAUGUACAGCUCUUCUUUGAGCAUUUGCGUGAAGGAGGUAAAAGGCAGCCAACCCUUUUUCUGUCACUGGAUUCCAGGGAUACUGAUGAGGAACGGGACAGGUCCCUCAUUUCAUUUUACAAACAACAACGUGAAAAGAACCAGUGGGCUGCUCCAUUUAACUGUCACAUUCAAGGAGAUGCUGCAAUUGGCAUUGGAGUGACUAGACAUAUCCUGUCAACAACCAUUGCUAAAUUAAAGCAUGGAUUUAAACUGAACUAUGGAAAUGCAGCAGAGACCACUCUGUUUGAGGGGGAAAUAGACCACCUUUUGCCUACUGCAUCAGCUGUACUUGUUGAGAGUGAACUUUUUGAGAUGGCUGGAAGAAUGAUUGGCCACUCGUUAAUCAAUCAAGGUCCUGCUUUGUCAGGCCUAAGCCUGGCAAUAGUACAUUCUUUGACAGGGGGCACAAAGGACACAGCCACCACAAAUCUCUGUUUAGAGGACUGCCCAGACAUUGAACAAAGGGAGACGAUUCGUCUACUGCUGAAAGAUGAAUGGACUGAGGAUGAGACCUCACAAGUUUCCAACCUUUGUUUGGACUUUUACUUUGCUGUACCAAACAAGAGGAGCAACAAGAUACUGCUCUUCCAACAGCUCCUCACUCAUGCUGUCCUUGGCCGAGCCGGUGCUCAACUAAAACAAUUAAAAAAGGGAUUGAAGGACACUGGUGUCUGGCCACUAAUCAGCUGUAGACCAGAUGUGUUACCCCUGCUGUUCCCAAGAGAAAGUGAAGUUGAAAUCACACCUGAGAUGAUCCUGCAAGCCAUCCAGUGGCCCCAAACACAGCAUACAGAAGACAGCGAUGCUGACGACAUACAGCCUGAGAAACUUAAUCUUGUUACAGGCCUUUUGAGAACCUUUGUUGAACAUGAUGAUCCGACGGUAGCUGCCCGCAUUGCAGCCUGUCUGAAUGACAUCUCUAAAUGGAUGAAAGACCAUCACCUUCAGGUCAACCUUGCCAAGACAGAGCUGCUCGUGGUCUCGGCCAAUCCAUCACUUCACCACAACUUCUCUAUACAGUUGGUUUUAGCUGCAAAGAGACGAAAGGUUGAUGCUACUGUCGUAAGUCUGGUCAAAGAGAUGAUGGAGAAAGAGGAACUGGACCGCAGACAAAGUCAGGAGCAAAUGCAAAGCCUUAUUGACAUUUUAAAGGAGCAGGCGCAGAGAGAAGCAGAGGAGCGUGAGCGGCUGCUAAUACAAGAGGCAGAGGCCCAGC